GGCCUGGCUACCUAAGGUACCAGACGGAUACGCAGUAAUUACUUUCGUUGCUCUGGAGUCUGCUUACCUGUACUCUCCCCUUCCCUUGAGCUUCGGUGUCUGUCGAGCAAUUGAUCUACCCGAAGCCCGCGCUCGCAUUGCCCUUGCUUGGCCUUCGCUGUCCUUGAAUUCCUUCCCAACAUCUUCCUCUUGCCUUCUCUUCUUCCUCGUUCUCGUGUGAAAGCCACCCUAUAGGAAUCCCCUCGCCUCGUCGAUUUUCUCCCACCAUGACCGACCAGGAACCCGUCGUCGCCGACCUCCCCAACGGCGAGCCCGUCCCCGUCGCCUCGGACUCGCCCGCCCCGGAACCGUCGUCGCAACAACCUGCAGAACAGCCUACCGAGCAGCCCACAGAGCAGCCCACAGAGCAGACGCCGCAGUCGCAGUCGCCGUCGCAGUCGCAGCAGCCCAAGUCGGCUCAGAAACAACAACAACAACAACAACAACAACAACCCUCCCUCGCCGCCCUCUCCAACAUGGACGCCUUCCUGACCCGCCUCCACCGCUGCAUGUCCACCCCGGCCGGCAUCGACUCGAUGCUCAUGUUCGUCGGCUACACCUCCCGCCUGACCGCCGAGCUCCUCGACACCGCCGGCCGCUCCGCCCUCCACGCCACCGCCCACCGCCUCAUCACCCUCGCCUUCUCCCUACCGCCCCGCUCCGCCAUCCUCCUCGCCUCCGCCCCCGCCGCCCGCGCCAACCCGCUCGCCUCCCUCGCCCUCCAGCUCGCCGCCCGCCUCCGCGCCCUCUCCAACGUCCUCGGCGAGGGCCGCGUCUUCAUGCGCUCGUGGGCUCUUCUUGCCAUGUACCUCUGGGGCCGCCGCCUCGUCUCCUCCCUCCUGCGCCCCGCCGCCAAGGAAAAGGAAAACGAGAAGAAGAAGACGACGACGACGACGACGACGACGAGCCUCGACACCACCAUCGCCUGCACCCAGUUCGUCUCCCUCUCCCUCUUCCAGGCCCUCGAGAACGCCUACUUCCUCGGCUCCAAGGGCGUCCUCCCCCUGACCCCGGCCCAGCAGGGCAAGGCCCUCCUCUGGGGCACCCGCGCCUGGGCCGUCUACGUCGGCGUCGAGCUGGGCCGUCUUUUCGUCGAGCACCGCCGGAAGAGUUCUGCCGGUGACGCCGAUGCCUCGUCGGAGGAGCACAAGGCCUGGCGCCGGGGUUGGCAGCGCAGCGUGGUUCGCAACCUUGCCUGGGCGCCGCUUACUGUGCAUUGGAGCCUUCAGAAGGGGUUUAUGAAUGACCUUACCGUGUGGUCUAUUGCCUGCAUUCCUGCUGUGAUUGCGGGGCGCAGUGUGUGGAAGGAGAACGCAUAGGCUGGCUGGGCUUUGUUGAGCACACAACGUGUAUAUAGGGUGGCUCUGCUUUGCUACCGUGCUGUAGCAUCUUGCAUGUCUCUUGUGUUUCAUUUCAUUUCUCAUCAGCUGAACCCUGGUUUCCAAGAUACCUUGGGGUGGAUGUCUGGAAGUGACCUCAUUAAAGCGGCCAUAUCUGGGAGCUACCAGAAAUUCGGUGAUUACCCAACAUAGAGGCACGGGCAUCACGCCUCAUAAGAAGCAUGUCAUUCCAUAUUAAUGCCCAACUUGCGGUAUCUCAGCGCAGGUUACAGACACCUUAUAUCGUCCUGCAAUGUCUUUAGUCGUGUCAAAGCAAUAUUUCAUAGCGUUGGAGGCGAAUAUAUUAGUGAGAAUAUCUGGGAGAGGUUUUUCUUUUCUUCUUUUUUUCUUCCACAAAAUAAAAUAAACC